AGAAUACAAGCCUUAAAGUAAGUGAGCCAUGUGAGUCUCAUUUAUUUUUAAAAGAAACCUCUGAGAAGAGCUUAGAACAAUUUUUUCCCUUGAGUGCCAUUUCCCAAAGGUACUCACUGAACAAUAAGGUGUGACUGUAAUGGCUGCACUGAGUUGUCUUUUGGACAGUGUUAGAAGGGACAUAAAGAAGGUGGACAGAGAAUUAAGACAGUUGAGAUGCAUCGAUGAAUUCAGCACCCGAUGCCUGUGCGACUUGUACAUGCACCCGUACUGCUGCUGUGACUUGCAUCCCUACCCGUACUGCCUGUGCUACUCGAAGCGAUCGCGUUCCUGCGGCCUGUGUGACCUCUACCCGUGCUGCCUGUGUGACUACAAGCUGUACUGCCUUCGCCCGUCCCUCAGGAGUUUGGAGAGGAAAGCCAUCAGAGCCAUCGAGGACGAAAAGAGAGAGCUUGCCAAGCUCAGAAGAACAACAAACAGAAUCCUGGCCUCCUCUUGCUGUAGCAGUAACAUCUUGGGGUCAGUGAACGUGUGUGGCUUUGAACCUGAUCAAGUCAAAGUACGAGUAAAGGACGGAAAGGUGUGUGUGUCAGCUGAACGGGAGAACAGGUACGACUGCCUCGGAUCCAAAAAGUACAGCUAUAUGAACAUCUGCAAAGAGUUCAGCUUGCCGCCAUGUGUAGACGAAAAGGAUGUAACCUACUCCUACGGCCUCGGCAGUUGUGUCAAGAUCGAGUCUCCAUGCUACCCUUGUGCUUCCCCCUGCAACCCAUGCAACCCCUGCAACCCAUGCAGCCCCUGCAGCCCUUGCAACCCUUGCAACCCCUGCGACCCCUGCAACCCCUGCUACCCCUGUGGAAGCCGAUUUUCCUGUAGGAAAAUGAUUUUGUAAAUUGUGCUUAGGAAUCCAUGUCUUAGCCGAAGUCAGGUACUCCAGCCAGGCAGCUCUUCCAGCAUUUCUCUUCCCCUUCCCAUGGCCCUUGUUGUUCAAGUACAUAGGAAACUAAAUACAUAACUGCAAUCUGC